UUCCCUCCAAUCCAAUUUGUAAUUCACUGUGUCCCUUCGAGAUCGCACCAGAGAAAACCCUAUCUCCACUCAACCGCUCACCAAAUCGCCGGUCUGCGAGUGAAGCCGGACCAACAUGGUAAAUAACGGGCUUUGAAGAAAAUGCUUACUCUAUUUGAAUUUGCUAUUUAGUUGGUCUGCUUUUGGCUAAGAUGGACAAUUAUAUGAAGAGAAUUUGUGUGGAUUGAAAAUGGGUUUUUGGUUUUAGGUUAUUUUGCUCGGAAUGAUAUAUGGGUAGUAUUCAAGAGAAAUUUGUGGCUAUGUUCUUGAUGAGUUUUAAGCUCAACUAGUUGAUUUGGGUUAAACAGUUGGUUAGUGAACUGGGGGUGGAUAAUGGAGACCCCAGAUUCGGGUGGGUCGCUUUUGAAGCGGUCAUUGAGAAAGAAAGUGGGUAUGCGGAAUUAUGAUGAGAAUUUGAUGGAUGAGCUCAUAGAGAAGCAUUUGGGUGGUGCUUUUAAGAAGAGGAAUAGAACGAGAGAGGAUUUGGAGAAAGAAACAGAAACUGAGGCUAUGAUAGCGCUGUCCCUUGGGUUCCCGAUCGACGCACUGCUUGAGGAGGAGAUUCAGGCUGGGGUGGUGAGAGAAUUGGGGGGAAAGGAGCAAAAUGAUUAUAUUGUUGUGAGGAAUCAUAUACUAGCGAGGUGGAGGGAUAAUGUGCGCAUAUGGCUUACUAAAGGACAGAUUAAAGAAACCGUGAGCAACGAGUAUGAACAUUUGAUAUGUUCAGCAUAUGAAUUUCUUUUGUAUAAUGGUUAUAUCAAUUUUGGGGUUUCUCCCUCGUUUAUGUCUCAGAUGCCAGGGGAGUCAACCGAAGGGUCUGUGAUAAUUGUUGGUGCAGGACUUGCUGGGUUAGCAGCAGCAAGGCAGCUGUUGUCAUUUGGUUUCAAGGUGCUUGUUCUUGAAGGCAGGAAUCGACCUGGUGGAAGAGUUUAUACUCAAAGGAUGGGGCGGGAGGGUAAAUUUGCUGCUGUGGACCUUGGUGGUAGUGUCAUUACUGGUAUCCAUGCUAAUCCUCUCGGAGUUAUGGCUAGGCAACUUUCUAUACCACUUCAUAAGGUCAGAGAUAACUGCCCUCUGUACAAGCCAGAUGGGGCACCCAUUGAUAAGGAAAUUGAUUCCAAGGUUGAAUUCAUCUUUAAUAAGUUGCUUGAUAAAGUUACCGAACUGAGGCAAAUUAUGGGUGGAUUUGCAAAUGAUAUUUCUCUGGGUUCAGUUUUGGAGACACUCAGGCAAUUGUAUGCUGUGGGUAAAAGUAGUAACGAAAGGCAACUUCUUGAUUGGCAUCUUGCAAAUUUGGAAUAUGCUAAUGCAGGAUGUCUUUCAGAUCUGUCGGCUGCCUACUGGGAUCAGGAUGAUCCUUAUGAAAUGGGUGGGGACCACUGCUUUCUUGCUGGAGGUAAUUCGAGAUUGAUAAAAGCGUUGUGUGAAGGAGUUCCUAUACUCUAUGGAAAGACUGUCAACACAAUUAAAUAUGGAAACGACGGCAUUGAGGUGAUAGCCGGGGACCAAAUAUUUCAAGCAGAUAUGGCCCUGUGCACUGUACCACUUGGAGUUCUAAAGAAAAAGACUAUCAGAUUUGAACCAGAGUUGCCCCAGAGAAAGCUGGCAGCUAUUGAGAGGCUGGGGUUUGGGCUGCUAAAUAAAGUUGCAAUGGUCUUUCCACAUGUUUUCUGGGGGGAAGACCUGGACACAUUUGGAUGUCUAAGUGAACAUAGCGAUAAACGUGGGGAGUAUUUUCUCUUUUACAGUUAUCAUACUGUUUCUGGGGGUUCAGUACUUGUUGCAUUGGUGGCUGGACAAGCUGCACAAAUAUUUGAAUCCACAGAUCCAUCUGCGUUGCUUCAUUGUGUUCUAAGCAUUCUAAGAGGCAUAUUUGGUCCUAAAGGUAUUGAUGUACCUAAUCCAAUACAAACAAUAUGUACAAGAUGGGGCAGCGAUCCCCUUUCCUAUGGUUCAUACUCUCAUGUUAGAGUACGCUCAUCUGGUAGUGAUUAUGAUGAACUUGCUGAAAGUUUGGGAAAUCGGCUGUUUUUUGCUGGCGAGGCCACAAAUAGACAAUAUCCAGCCACCAUGCAUGGUGCAUUCUUAAGUGGCUUAAGAGAAGCUUCAUGCAUUUACCGAGCCACCAGGUUUCGCCAAAAUAGUGCGAAGAAAUUCACUCAGAGAAAUGUUGGACCAAGCAAUGAUGUACUUUUAGAUCUUUUCAAGAAGCCUGAUCUAGUGUUAGGAAACUUUUCGUUUAUAUUUGAUCCUUCAACAGAAGAUCCAAGAUCAAUGGGGAUUAUGAAAAUUACUUUGGGGAGUAGGGAACACAGUUAUAACGACAAAUCAGGGUCCAGCUGCCUAAAUUCCUCAAACCUGCCAUUGCCACUGUACACAGUUAUAUCUCGUGAACAGGCACAGGAGCUGCAACAGGUGACCCAAGGGGAUGAAGGUAGACUCUCAUAUGUAAUAAAAAAUCUUGGAUUAAAGCUUAUGGGAUCUAGUGCCUUAGGAAAUGUAGGUAACUCCCUGUCAGCUAUAAUUGCUAGUGCAAGAAGAGGCAGGGGCAGGAAUCGCAUGUCUGCUGGACCCCAGAACAUGUAGAGAUGCUCUUAGUGCAUUAACUUCAGGUAGCCUGCUUACCAGCCUGGACUCUUUUCAUGCAUACAGUUACUUCACUAAAGCGAUGUUAGAAAGUCAGCUUGCCUUCUGCUCAACAGGUGCACACAUCUCUAUAUGUAAUCUAAUCAAGUAGCUCAUUCAUUGACUUCAAGAGAAAUCAAUUUCCUGAGGUUUGACUGGAGAAGCCUCCCAUUCUCUUUUGAAACAACAUUUUCAAGUCUGACAUUGAUAAACUUGGUAGCUAACCAGAUAGUUCAAAGGAUCUUAGUUGGAGACAAAGUCAGUAGUGUCAUGUAAAAAUCUUGUAUGUUGAGCAACCCUUUUGGCUCUGUUAAUGAAUUCUGCAUGCAUACACCA